AUGUCCCUCCUGCAGUGUCCCUGGCAAUGUAAUCCAGCGGAUGCCGGCAUCUGUCAUCUGGGUUCCGUCCACUGCGAGCGUCGGGACGUACAGGGGACGGAACGGCGGGGAAUUUGAAAAUGACAAAAAUAAAACAUUACUGUAUCAAACCAUUUCACAUACAUUUUGUCCCGAGUGCUUUGUCCUGUGCCCUGCCUGCAUUUUUACUGUUCUUUCUGCCUUGAAACUAAGAAAUGUCCAUGGCAUCCAAAAAGCGUCCCAUUAGGUCAAAAGUGGUUUUAGACCAGCUAGAGAACAGCGAUAGUAAAUCAGAACCACUUGCAGAAUUGA